GACGUCACGUCCGCGGUCGGUGCGAGUGAGCCAAGAUGGCGGACUCUGUAGCGGCGGGGCUUGGCGAAGAAAAAGAGCCUGAAAAUGAAGAUAAGGAGAGAGAGAAACUGGCUUUCCGACCUACGUCGAAGCCAGAAAUAAACAGCGGUGCUUCUGAGCUGACGGAAACGUUGGGGUUUUACGAGAAAAAUGCGAAAAGCCGGAAUAAGCGCAGUGUGUCGGACCUGUCUCUGCUGCGGUUUGUCAGAGCUGAGUUGACGCGAGGAUAUUUCCUGGAACACAAUGAGGCCAAAUACACGGAAAGGAGAGAGAGAGUCUAUACCUGCCUGCGUAUCCCCAAAGAACUGGAGAAGCUGAUGAUCUUUGGCUUCUUCCUGUGUCUGGAUGCGUUUCUCUACGUGUUCACACUGUUACCCCUCAGAGUCCUGCUGGCACUCAUCAGGCUGCUAACACUGCCGUGCUGCGGACUCAGUGGCUCACGUCUCCUUCAGCCUGCUCAGGUGUGUGAUGUGCUGAAAGGCUUUAUCAUGGUGCUGUGUUACUCCAUGAUGCACUACGUGGACUACUCCAUGAUGUACCAUCUGAUCAGGGGGCAGUCAGUCAUCAAACUCUACAUCAUCUACAACAUGCUGGAGGUGGCAGACCGAUUGUUUUCGUCCUUUGGCCAGGACAUUCUGGACGCUCUCUACUGGACAGCUACAGAGCCCAAAGAGAGAAAGAGAGCUCACAUAGGUGUAAUACCACACUUCUUCAUGGCUGUUCUUUACGUCUUUCUUCAUGCCAUCCUGAUCAUGGUUCAGGCCACAACCCUAAAUGUGGCAUUCAACUCUCACAACAAAUCUCUGCUCACCAUAAUGAUGUCCAACAAUUUUGUUGAGAUCAAAGGGAGCGUGUUUAAGAAGUUUGAGAAGAAUAACCUCUUUCAGAUGUCUAACAGUGAUAUCAAAGAAAGAUUCACAAACUAUGUGCUCUUAUUAAUUGUAUGUCUUAGAAAUAUGGAGCAGUUCUCUUGGAACCCAGAUCAUCUGUGGGUGCUGCUUCCUGACGUGUUUAUGGUCAUUGCGUCGGAGAUGGCUGUGGAUGUGGUGAAACACGCCUUCAUCACCAAGUUUAACGACAUCCCGGCAGAUGUGUAUGGUGAAUACAGAGCGAGUUUGGCCUUCGAUCUGGUCAGCAGUAGACAGAAAAAUGCCUAUACUGACUACAGUGACAGUGUAUCAAGAAGAAUGGGCUUCAUCCCUCUUCCACUGGCUCUACUGCUCAUCCGGGUGGUGACGAGCUCAGUGAAAAUCCAGGGUGCCCUGUCCCUUGUGUGUGUGAUACUUUUUUAUCUUGGAAUGAUCACGCUAAAGGUGCUGAAUAGCAUCGUGUUGCUGGGAAAGUCGUGUGUGUACGUGAAAGAAGCGAACAUGGAGGAGAAGCUGUUCCAGUCUCCCCCCUCCGCUGCUCCCAGCCGAGCAUCCAGCAGAGCUCAUCACGCAAAACGCACACGAGAGCCGACAAUCGAGCCGGUGGACGAGGGCACUUCUCCGUCGGUUAUAAAUCAACCCGUCCGCCAGACGGAGAGCCCAGCGCCCGAUCUACCGACCAGUGAGUCAGAUCAGUUCCUCACGACGCCAGACGAAUCGGAGGAGAAGAUCAUCACGCAGGACGGGACAGAACUGGUCCACAGAGCUCCUAAGAAAGACCUGCUGGAGAUCGACCGUUUCACCAUCUGCGGGAACCGAAUCGACUGACGCUCUACUCACUCUACUGUAGAGAAUGACAAAAGCCGGAAGGUGUCCGCUGGCUCGAACUUUGACCCUCUGCGUGAAGGAUCGAAGGUAGAUAUUUAUUAAGAAGUGUACCUAAUUUAUUUAAGUUUUCAAAUUGAAACACACUCAUCAUUACCUUCUUCACUGGACUGGACUGGACUGGACUCGUGGAUAAUUCCAGCAUUCCAAAAGGUCCUUAUGUACUCAUUUACAGCAUCAGGAACAGACCUCAAAACUUCACCAAUCCCGACAGACGAAAGAACGAAGGAUCACUUCGGUCAAUGUCUAAACAAAAGACCAAUGCUUUUGAGGUCAUUCAUGAGUAAAAAAAAAUGGUGGCUUAAUAUGUGGCAGGUUUUUUGUGCUGAGUUGCAUUUUCUUAAAGUUUUGCACAUUUUUUUUUUUUUAACAGUGAUUUUCAAUCCAUUGAUUUAUACUUGUGCAGAAAUGACAGGUGAGCAGUAAAGGUUAAAGGUUCUCUUCAUUGUCACAUCAGCAUUAUGGAAAUCAUUAUAGCUUUAACCAACCAUUAAUAAUGUUAACAAAGCAGUUAUUAAGUUUAUGGGUAAAAAAUAUUUCCAUAGACUUGAGCAAAAAUAAAAUAGAAUCAUGUUCCUUAAGGCAAGUUUGAUCUGUUUUGACUUUUGAUUAAUGCAGGUUGAAUAGUUAAUAUAUCCGCUCAUGCAAAUAUUAGUUACUUUUUUUCUCUCUCUCUCACGUUGUGGUGUUUAAAGGAUUAAGUUCAUUACUGAUGUUAACUGAUGCAUCAAAUGUCAAUUGCAGGAACCUUAUUGUAAAGAGUUACUGAUCAAUCACAGGAAAGUGGGUACAGCGUGUCGGCUCUGUACAUCUGGAUCCAUAAAACCCGCGGAAAUAUUUUCCUUUUCAUUCUUUCACAUUUUUAAUAUUUGUUUCUUUGUGUUUUUCAUUUCAUUCUUUGUCGUUUUGGAUCACUGACAUUGAGCACAGUCGUCUGUCGUCAGCGUAUCGAAAGUAGAAAUGCACAAACUCUGUUGUGUAUUUUAUUAUUUUUUUAAUGCGUUCACGUCAAACCAUUUGAUCAGUCAGGUAUUUUUAUAUUUUUCUGCCAGUCUACAUUUAAGACACCUUGUGAACAUGAUGUUACGCUUCAACGCUUGUGAAUUGCACAUUAGUUUGCUGCAUACAGUAGAUGCUACACAUGUAGUUUUUAUUAUACACACACACACACACACACACACACACACACACAGUCACAUCAUAAACUGAUGAAGAUGCUGUAAACAAAAUCCUGAAAGUUACACAGCAGUUGAUAUUAUACAAGAAUUAAGUUCCAUGUCUAUAAUAAGUUUAUUCUAUCGGAGCCCCCGGAUUAAAGAUCCCUCCUAGAUCUUCUUUUAUUCUUCAAGCAUCCGACGUGAUGUAGAAUUUAUUUGGUGCAGAUUUUGUGCAUUAAGCUCAUUGCUGUUUUGUUCCGUGUGUAUCAGACCCUUCAAACUUUAAAUAUCUCGAUAGAUAUUUCUCUGUAAAUGCCAAACAAUUUAUCAUAUCAUGACAUAUCGCCAAUCCUGUCAUCCCUGUUACUGUAAUCCAGUGCGCUUAUUCACCUUUAAUUCUACAUAUAUUGCUGGACUUGCGGUGAUUUGAUGAUUUUUUUUCUUCAUUUAUAGUUUAAUCAUGCUCAUGACGACAGUUUUGCCAUUAGACUCUACUACAUUUUAGAUCUACAAUGAUUUGGGACGAUGUUACAUCACCAUGAAAAAUCAAUAAAUAAAUAAAUACCGUAUAGAAUAUUUCAACAGCUUCCUAGUGCAGUGAUGACUGAAUAAUUAUCAGAUCGACGAGAUCGAUCGCAUUUUAUUUGAACAAAUUCUAAGACUAACAUUAUUGCUUUGAGUGUAUUGAAGUGUCCAUUUCAUUUCACUGUUAAUUCUCCAUGAUGCUGAGUGUCCAGCCUUACAGAUUUGUUUUAAGUUGCUCUGAUUUAGAUUGAAGAUUUAGAUUUGAGUUCAUGUUUGUUGCAAUUUACUUGGAUCCGGAACACUGGCAGUGACUUAAAUAAUCUUUUUGGAAUUGAAAAUUGAUUAAACUACCUACAGAACUUUGAUUUAGCAUACACGGAUGUCUGAAAUGUCGCUUACAUACCUCUACGCCUAUGGUUGCUUGUAUUUUUAAUUUUUUUUUCUUUCCGGAGUCUUUAUACCAGCAUAAAGUUUAUAGAUGAAUUUUACAUUAAUACAAAAUCAUUUUUUUUUAAGCUGUCUGAUUUGUUAACUGGAUGUUUCUUUAUCUGCCUGUUAAAUCUGUCCACAUCCUCUGUCUGGUUCGUCCAUCGAUUUGAUUUUGUGAUGCGUUUUUAUCGUUCCUUAAGAACAGAGUGAGAUUGUCUUAUUACUUUUGAGAUAGAUAUUCAGGACAAGGGUAGAGGAGAUUGGAAGUGUGACGGGUGAAUAAAUGUUUUGUUUUGUA